AUUGUUGACAUUCGAUUUGUUUAUAAUGUGCGUCGUACUGCAGUUUUGCCGUGUGAUUUCCACGAAAACUAUUGCACCUCCUUGAAAUUUAGUUACAUGAAUCUUCCCGUACAUUGGCACAGUAUAAAAUGCUGUUUCGAACAUUCCUCUGCAUGUUACGACCGUCCAGACAGUUCAUUCGACUUGGACGAAACAUGCACAACAUGUCUCCGAUAGGGAGUGAAAAGUUGGGCGCUAAUGGGAAAAAACCGUUCACGGUCUUCGUGGAAGGUAACAUUGGAAGUGGUAAGACGACGUUCCUGAACCAUUUCCAAAAGUUUGAUGAUAUCUGCCUGCUGACCGAGCCGGUGGAGAAGUGGCGCAACUGUGGUGGUGUCAAUCUGCUGGAUCUGAUGUACAAAGAGUCUCAUCGUUGGGCGAUGCCAUUCCAGACGUACGUGACGCUAACGAUGCUUGGAAUGCACACGCUUCAGACGGACAAAUCGGUCAAACUAAUGGAGCGAUCAUUGUUCAGCGCGAGAAACUGCUUUGUGGAGAGUAUGCUGGCGUCCGGAUCGUUGCAUCAAGGCAUGUACAAUGUUCUCCAAGAGUGGUACGAUUUUAUUUGUUGCAACAUUCACAUACAGGCGGACCUAAUUGUGUAUCUUCAAACGAGCCCUGAAGUGGUGUACGAACGGAUGAAGGAACGGGCCCGCUCGGAAGAAAGCUGCGUUCCGCUCGAGUACCUCAAAGAAUUGCAUGAACUGCAUGAAAACUGGCUCAUUCAUGGCGCGUCACCUCGUCCCGCUCCGGUGUUGGUGUUGAAUGCGGACCUUGAUCUGAACACGAUCGGCACGGAGUACAAACGGUCAGAGAUGAGCAUAUUGAAGCCAAUUCUAAUAGAAAAUACCAACCAGCACGCAAUACUUACAUCGCCAGCAAAGCGCGCCAAGACGGACUUUUGAAUCCC